UUUCCCGCUUAACGUGUAUGCGCUGCGUUGCAACAGGGAUACAAAACAAAACGCUGACUGAACGCACUGCAGGUCGUGGACGGAAGUCAACAAUCGGACGUCAACAAGCUGUGACGUCAAUUGAAGAGAAACUGAAAGCGGACUGCAGAAUGACUGUACGGGAGCUGUCAGAGUCUGCCAAUGUCAGCUAUGGAACCGCACACAUCAUUCUGACCACCGAAUUAAACAUGCGGAAGGUACUCGGCCGUGAUCUCAUCCGUGGGCUUAGAAAGAAGAGGGGUAACAUCCCGGUUGAUCAUUUCAUCCUACAUCAGGAUAAUGCCCCACCUCAUACUGCGGCGACCACUCAGCUUUAGAUUAGCGUCCUAGGACUGGAGGUUCUUCCACAUCCGCCGUAAUCACCUGACCUGGCCCCGUUCGACUUUGCUAUUUUCCCGGAGUUGAAGUCCCACCUCAAAGGUCGCCGAUUUGAACGUUUACGGGAGCUACAGACGGCUGCAAACGCAUUGAUAACACCAGUACCCGGCAGAGUAAUAUCGGGAUAUCAUCUUCAACAAAUGGCCAAAGAGACACGAACGCUGUUAACAAUGGUCUGGUGCCUACUUUGAGAAGAAGUGAGAUCACACCAGACGUAUCUCGAGCACCUACAGGAUAUGCGACGUCGUUGACGUCGUCGAACCAAUCACGACGCGGGCCGACGGCGCGAUAGUGUACGUCUUCAAGUCGCCAUGAUAAAUUCCUGCCAAAUGCCCCCACACCCCAGGGGCUCUAGGUAAGGCCCAUUCCCCUCUAUAUUUUAAGUGAAGACAAAACCACCGCAUUCACCCAGCACUGCAGGGCCACCUGAUAGGUAAAAACACGGCCCAUUUCCCUGGGUUAACAACCCC